UACCACUGCGGUUGUCGACAACCACGACCACACCACCACUCGCAACUCUCGCCAUUACGAUACACAUGAACGCUUGAUCAAUCGAGCCACGCUUCCGCAGAGAAAAGAAGAAGAAGAAGAAGAAGAAGAAGAAGAGGGAAAUCCCCACCGGCCAUCAUGGCCUCCUCAACCUCGUCCUUCACAAAACCCUUCCAGAAGAUCCUGGACCCAACCAAGAUCGGAACCUGGAAUGUCGUUCGUCGCCCACCAAUCGAGAAUAAAUCGGUGAUCCAAGGAAAGACCCGCGAGCAGGGCUCGAAUGCCUUCAAGACACAUCAAUCGAAGGAGGGGACGCGGUUACGGAAGGCCCUGAAUGCCCUCACGCACGGCAAGAACAUUUUCGUCUACCACAACAUCCGCACGAAUCAGGUUGUUUAUUCGUUGACGAGGUAUUUGGAAAAAAACAAUGUCCUCCGCCAACUCUUCUAUCACGGCAAAAAAACCGUCCCAGCAACCCUCCGCAAAGACAUGUGGGUACCCUACUACUCCGUGCACUUCGCAGACACCAAAAUCGGCCUCCGUGCCUACCACCUCCUCCGCGAAUUUUCCAUGCAGCGCCAACUCUCCCCGCCCCGCGAAAUGAUCACCAUCUCCGACCGCUACCUGGACCAGAAACGCCCGCGCGAUCCCGAAAAAGCGAAAGAAUUCGACGAGAAGUACAUGAGCAAGAUCGGCUGGUUGAUGGAGAAGAAGGAGCGCGCAAGAGUGGUGAUGGAUCAGAAGGCUACUAGCGUUGCGGAUGUGGCUGCUGUGCUGGCGAUUCAGGAGGAGGAGGUGAGGAAUGGGUUUGCGGAUGGCAAGAGGGGGUACAUUACCCGGUCUGCGCGAAGACGUCGCCGUGAGGCGCGGAAGAAGGAGGAGGAGUAUGCUAAUAAGGCCGCCGGGCGGAUCGCGAGCUUUGAGGAGACGCUGAGUAGCAAGGUGGUUGACUACAAGGUUGAGGAUACCAGUCAGAAUGAUCCUGCUUUGCAGGGUGGGAAUGUUAAGGUUCUCUGGACGGAUGUUCAUGAUGCGCGGUUUGCGGAGGCUUGGCCUGAGCGUGUGCGUCAUGGCGAGCUGGACUUGAGCCGCGACCAUGUUAUGCCUGGUCAGAAGCCGAUCUACGAUGUUGAGGUCCUUGCGGAUGAUGCGUUCAAGGAGAAGGAGGCUAAGCAGGCUUAAAUGUGGUGAAUAAGUCAACAGUGAAAGCAUGGCGUUCAACUAUCGAACUGAAAUGGCGACAUGUAUUCCCCUCAGAUUGUACUUUUAGAUAUUCAAUUAUCAUUUGUGUACGUAUUUUGAAUGAGAAAAUGAGUUCAGAUCCUCGAUGCCAAAUAGUCGAUUUGCAAGC